AUGGAGGAGGCUGAAGGUAGUCCGGAGGAAAACCAGGACACUAAUAAAAAAGGCACCUCGAGCAGGAUAAGACUUGAGAGAACCUGUAAGACGAAGUUUCGUGACAGCCAGAAGCUUCAGAAAAGAUACCUGCUGCCACCCGAGUCCGUGAGGAUCCUCCGUGACUGGCUCUCUAAGCACAGGUUUAAUGCCUAUCCUACUGAAGCAGACAAACAAAAGCUGUCCAAGAAGACCAAUUUAUCUUACUUGCAGGUCUCCAACUGGUUUACAAAUGCCCGCAGACGCCUUCUCCCAGAAAUUCUUCAAAAUCCAGACAUUAGCCACAAAGACCAGGCUGCCAAUGCAGCCGAGAAGCAGCACUCCAAUCCAUCCAAUGAGGUCAAGACACAGCUUAAUGCUAAAUCAAAAAUGCAGGAUUUGCCCGUGCCAAUAUGCCAAGAAUCUCAAGAGAAAAUUUCAGAUCUGGAGUCUUAUCUUGGCCAGAAGGUGAUCUCAGAAGGCGAGAAAGAGAAAGAAGACAGGAAUUUAAUCAGCGAUCCUCUGUCUUCACCUGAACUUGCAUGGCCAGUGGAAAAGCCCGAUUUUAGCAACUUCUACAUGUUGGUUGAUGCUGCUGUACAGAAGGCAGCAGAAAUGGAGGAGCAGAAGAAGCAAAAUCCCAACCCAUAA